CUUCGUCUCCACUCCACCAGAUCAAACCAUCUCCUCGUCGAGUCCUCUUCCCCGUCAAAUCUAGGGUUAAUACUUGGACGACGCACCUCACAGCAGUACCGCAUCGCCUUCCUCCUCGCGCCCGCGCCCGCCCCUCCCGCCCGCCUGCCGGUAGGGGAGACGAAGGCGGGGGCCAGCGAAGAUGCCGCAGCGGCACUCGAAGAACAACAACGACCUCGCCUUCUUCACCUACGAGGAGAAGCGGAAGCUCGGGUACGGCACCCAGCGGGAGCGGCUCGGCAAGGACUCCAUCAAGCCCUUCGACGCCUGCUGCCUCUGCCUCAAGCCGCUCAUCGACCCGCUCGCCUGCCCCAAGGGCCACACCUUCUGCAAGGAGUGCAUCCUCGAGUGCCUCCUCGCGCAGAAGAAGGACAUCAAGCGCAAGCUUAUUGCUCAUGACUCCCAGAAAAGGCAAGAAAAGGAAGAGGAGGAGGAGAAGCUGACGCUGCAAAAGUCUAAGGAGUUGGAUGCUUUUGAUCAGCAGAAUCAUGGAGCGGUCCCCCAAUACUAUGAUCGCAGUGGUUCCCAAGACAAGAAUGGUUUUCAUGGAGCCAACAGUGUGAAGACUACCUCCUUUGAAGAGGAAGCCCUACGCACGAUGAAGGCGUUCUGGCUUCCGUCAGCUACACCCGAAGCUACUGUCAAGGUAGAUGCUCCUUCUACUGACACAAUCUGCCCUGAGGGGCAGGAGAAGCUCAAGCUGAAAUCACUCUUCCCUAUUUCUUUCACUGAGGAGAACGCUCGUCAGAAGAGCAAUAAGUCAGUGGAGAAAAGCUACAUCUGCCCCAGUUGCAAGUCCAAUCUCACAAACACAAUGUCCCUGGUGGCGAUCAGCACCUGUGGCCAUGUCUUCUGCAAGAAGUGCUCGGACAAGUUCAUAGCAACAGAUAAGGUCUGCUUAAUGUGCAACAAACCAUGCAAAGAGAGGAAUUUGGUUAAUUUGGAGAAAGGAGGAACGGGUUUCGCCGCGCAUGAUGACCACCUUGAGGCAAAGAACUUCAAGCAUUUAGGGAGUGGUUCUGGCCUAGGAUUGGUGAAGCCUGCUCCUAAGGCGUAGACUUAAAUUAUGUAACUGCUGUUGUAUAAUGCUGCCAGUUAUCGUUGUGGCAUGAAUAUAUGUAAACUGGAUCUUUUUAAGGUUUUGAUAUCUUUUUGAUAA